AUGCCCAUCACUCGGAUGCGCAUGAGACCCUGGCUAGAAAUGCAGAUUAAUUCCAACCAAAUCCCAGGGCUGAUCUGGAUUAAUAAAGAGGAGAUGAUCUUCCAGAUCCCGUGGAAGCAUGCUGCCAAGCAUGGCUGGGACAUCAACAAGGACGCCUGUCUGUUCAGGAGCUGGGCCAUUCACACAGGCCGAUACAAAGCAGGGGAAAAGGAGACAGAUCCCAAGACAUGGAAGGCCAACUUCCGCUGUGCCAUGAACUCAUUACCAGACAUCGAGGAGGUGAAGGGCCAGAGCAGGAACAAGGGCAACUCAGCUGUACGGGUGUACCGGAUGCUCCCACCCCUCACCAAGAACCAGAGGAAAGAGAGAAAGUCCAAGACAAGCCGAGAUGCUAAGAGCAAGGCCAAGAGCAAGUCGUGUGGGGAUUCCAGCCCUGAUACCUUCUCUGAUGGGCUCAGCAGCUCCACCCUGCCGGACGACCACAGCAGCUACACAGCUCCCAGCUACUUAGGGCAGGACUUAGAGGUGGACCGGGCCCUCAGUCCAGAGCUGCCACCGUGUGUCGUUAGUAGCACUCUCCCGGACUGGCGCAUCCCCGUGGAUAUUGUGCCUGACAGUACCAGUGACCUUUACAACUUCCAGGUGUCGCCCAUGCCCUCAACCUCUGAAGCUGCAACAGAUGAGGAUGAGGAGGGGAAAAUACCUGAUGACAUCAUGAAGCUCUUGGAGCAGUCGGAAUGGCAGCCAACAAGUGUGGAUGGGAAGGGGUACCUGCUCAACGAGCCUGGGGUCCAGCCCACCUCUGUCUAUGGAGACUUAAGCUGCAAGGAGCCUGAAGUUGACAGUGCCGGGGGGGAUGUUGGGCUGAGCCUACACCGCGUCUUCACAGAUCUGAAGACCAUGGACUCUACCUGGUUGGACAGCCUGCUGCUCCCAGCCAGGCUACCCUCUAUCCAGGCCAUUCCGUGUGCACCAUAA